AUGUAUCAAAAUUCAGGUAAGGGAACCGAAAAGGUAAAAGAACCAACCAAGGAUGGAAAGGAAGAUGAAAUCGGAAAGGCAAAAGAUAAAGAACCACCUUAUGUGCCUCCGCCAUCAUACAAACCACAUAUACCGUGUCCCCAAAGACUUGUUAAAUCCAAAAAUGAAGGACAAUUCAAGAAAUUCGUAGAACUUCUGAAGCAACUUAAUAUCACUAUACCAUUUACAGAAGCCAUUACGCAAAUGCCUUCAUAUGCUAAGUUUCUUAAAGAGAUUCCAUCCGACAACAAAAAUCUUGAGGAUGAUGAAACUGUUAUGCUCACUGCCGAGUGUAGCGCUAUUAUUCAAAACAACAUGCCUCAUAAACUGAAAGACCCAAGUAAUUUUUCUAUGCGAUUUAGGAGCCAACGUAUGCUAGAGAAUGUUCCCCAUCGUAUAAGACAAUUCUAUAUUCCCACUAACUUUGUAAUAAUGGAUAUAAAGGAGGAUUCCCACAUACUUAUUAUUUUAGGAAGAGCAUUUUUAGCCACAUCCGGAGCCAUCAUAGAUGUGAAGAAAGGUACGCUAACAUUCGAAGUUGGACAAGAAAAAGUUGAAUUUCUCUUAGCUAAAUUCCUACAUGCACCAGCUAUAGAUGACUCAUGUUGUUUCUUAGACGUCAUCGACGAAUGUGUGAAAGAAAUGGAGAAGGAACCAUCUAAGUAUACUGAAGUGCUGAAGAUUCCAACACCUCUUAUAUUCGAAGAAAAUAAUUGGCGUGAGCCAUACGUAGAUGACAGCCUGAGAGAAUGUCUAGCACUAACACCAAAUCCAAUUCCAUGCCCAAAGAAACCUUUAAUAAAACUCAAAGCACUACCCAAAGAUCUAAAGUAUGAAUUCCUAGACACCGAGCUUGAAAGACCAGUUAUAGUCAAUGCUGACUUAUGA